CCAGGCUCACGACGACGCUCCGGCUCAAAGAUCACAUCGGAAUAUGGAAUUACUCCGUAGCGCCGCCCUCCUGUGCAUUCUGUGGAUAGCUGCUGCUCAGAAUGUCAGAAAUGUCGCCCUUCAGGGUCGUGCAACUCAAUCCACCAUAUACAAUGGGAUCUCCACUGCCAUAAAUGCCAUAGAUGGCAAUCUAAACUCAAAUUUCCAUCAUGGAUCCUGCUCCUGUACCAGUCAGGAGGCAUCUCCCUGGUGGAGGGUGGACCUACUGAGACCUCACAGAAUCUCCCACAUCAUCAUCACUAACAGAGGAGACUGCUGUGGGGAAAGGCUGAAUGGAGCCAAAAUCCUGGUCGGGAACUCCCUGGAGAACAAUGGCAACAACAACCCAAGCUGUGCAGAUGUCACCUCUAUACCCAACGGGGGUACCAAGACCUUCCAGUGCACCAACAUGGUGGGCCAAUAUGUCAGCAUCAUCCUGCCAAAAAAGAACACCUACCUGCAGUUGUGCGAGGUCCAAGUCUUUGGUAUUCCUGAAUCUAAUGACUCCUCGUGCUUUUAGCUACAGCAGUAAUAUGUGAGGCUCCUGCAGUGAAGUUCAUGAAUUUAUUACUAAUCUUUCAUGUAUCUUAUGUCCACUAUACAAAUAAAAAUGAAUACAAUUA